AUGAGUCCUUUAUCUUAUGGUGUGCAGAAUGUUAAAAGGGUGAUAUCUAAGUAUAGCGAAUCUUCCAUUGAAGGUGCCUUGUGUGAAGGGAACAUUGAUGAAUGCAAUCCAAACCCGUGCCAGAAUGGAGGCACGUGUGAGAACAGCUUCGACGGGUACACGUGUCACUGUCCACAGCAGAGCCAAGAGGGCAUCUUUUAUGGAGGAGAUAACUGCACAGAGGUUCUGCUGGGCUGCGACGACCAUAAGUGUGAAAAUGGUGGUGUGUGCUCCCCCUUCCUAAGUGACACACAGCAUGGCUAUAUAUGCAGUUGUCCCAGUGGCUUCACAGGCACUGAGUGCCAGAAGUCUACAACCUUCUCCUUGGAGACCACUGGUUACGUCCAUUUGGAAACCCCACUUCCAGAUACAGAAGUGAAUGUAAACGUGAGCCUUGGUUUUAGGACCCUGCGGGACGAAGGGCUGCUGUUCCAGCGGAAGAUCGGGAGCUCGAUCAUCACACUGAAGCUGGUCAAUGGCUGCCUUCAUCUCCACAGUGUGAGAGGAGGUGAGGAGGGCUCAGCUGUGGAGCUCCUUCACAAGGUGACCGAUGGACAGUGGCAUUCCGUGGAGGUCUCUCUCGGACGUGGGCUGCUGCGCCUGAGGCUUCUGGAGGCCUCCUGUGGGGCUAACUGUGAAAUACAUAUGUCUGCAGAGAGCAGUGCUUCUUUGUCAGAUCCCAUCAAUUCCAGCAUGUGGCUCGGUGGAGUCCAAGAUCAACGGCACUACGGCCAAUCCAAAUUCACUGGUUGCCUGCGAGACGUACGAGUCGAGUCAUGGGUGGCAGUGCCCAGCAGCUGGCCAGAGGGGUCAGCUGUGAAUGUCACACUUGGGUGCAUUGAGAGAGACAGGUGUCAGGACAGCCCAUGCAGGGAAAGGGGAAAGUGUGUGAACUUGUGGCUGGACUACCAGUGUGAAUGCCAGAGGCCCUUUGAAGGCCUGGAUUGCUCUGAAGAGUAUGUUAGUGGCAGGUUCGGCCACACAGAGCUGGACAGCUAUGCUGUGUUUAUGGUUUCCGACAACCUCACGGAGGACUUUGAGGUCAGCAUGUUUGUCCGCACACGUCAGCAGCGCGGCCCGCUCCUCAUUCUAGCAAACAGAACAAGCCAGCACCUCGGACUCUGGCUGGAGGACGGCAAGGUGAAGGUGCAGGCCGGCCACUUGGAGAAGCUCACAGCACAGCUCACCAUCAGCGAUGGCACCUUCCACCUCGUGAGCGUGAGGAUAAAGCAAGGCCGCAUGGCCCUCUUCCAGUCCACUCGCAAACAAGGGGAGGUCGCUUGCGGGCCUCUGCAGGUUCAGCCAGGAGAUAGGGCCUACCUCGGGGGGCUGGCUGAGCGCCAUGCCACGGUAUCACUGGGUGGCUAUUUUAAAGGUUGUCUCCAGGAUGUGCGAGUGAACGGCAGACGUCUCCAGUUUUACCCACUCAGUAGCACAGUGAGCUCCUAUAGCCUCGAGCACCUGGUCAACGUGGCACGUGGCUGUACUGGUGACAACGCCUGCAGAAAUAACCCAUGUCAGAAUGGGGGUGUGUGCCAUCCCAUGUGGGAUGACUUUACAUGUUCCUGCCCUCCAAGUACCACCGGGCGCCACUGUGAAGAGGUGAGGUGGUGUGAGCUGUCACCCUGUCCAUCCUCAGCGACCUGCCAGCCCAUCGCUCACGGCUUUGACUGUUUUUCCAAUGCAACAUUUGAUGAUGACAGUAACAUUAUGUUUUACAAAAGCAACGGCAAGAUCACCCGAAACCUCAGCAGCAUCUCCUUCAGCAUUCGGACAAGGAAACGGGACUCAGCCAUCCUCCAUGCAGAAAAAGGGCAGCAGUUUGUUACGAUCUCCAUCCAAGACUCUCACCUUCUCAUGGAGCUUCUCACAGGCCAUGACUCCACUAAGCUCAGCCUGAAUAGCCAAGUGCCCAUCAGUGAUGGGAAGUGGCACUCAGCCGAGUUCUCCAUGGUGUCCCCGUCUUCCCUCAGCUCUGCUUGGGUUGCUGUGCUGGACGACGUGCGGUCACCUAGUUCCAGCAUCACAACUGGCAACUUGGACUUCCUGAAAGAGAAUGUUGACAUUCUUCUGGGAGGCUUUGGCCCAGAUGUAGGCGGGAACCUCGUCGGGUGUCUCAGCACAGUGAAAAUUGGUGGGAUCCCUCUGUCAUAUUACAGCAGCUCUGAGCUGAGCGCCUCCAGAACCCAGGAGGAGCAGUUCAUCAAGAUGUCCCCUGAUGAGGCCCUGAUAGGGUGCUCAGGGACCUCUGUGUGCUCACCCAGCCCCUGCCUCUAUGGCGGUACCUGUCUAGACCUCUUCAAUCUUUUCAACUGCUCGUGCCCAGCUGGCUGGACAGGGCCUCGCUGCGAGCUCAACACAGACACAUGUGCCUCUGGCCCCUGCAUCCAUGGCAACUGUAGCAUCCUCCUCCCAGAAUAUGAGUACCGGUGUGAUUGUCAGGCAGGCUACACUGGGACAAACUGUGAGGCACCGUUGGACACCUGUCUCACUCACCAGUGUGGCCCUGGAGCAACCUGUCUGAAGGGCAUCAACAGCUACUCCUGCCUGUGCCCCGAAAACAGUACCGGCGCAUAUUGCUAUGAGAAAGUUGAAGAAGUUCCAUGGUAUAUAGAGCCUGGCCGGCGGCCCAAGCUUCCCGUAUCCGUCUGUGGCAAUGAGCUGAGCAACUAUACUUGUUUCAAUGGAGGGAACUGCAGCGACAGCAGCACCACCAUGUGUGAAUGUCAGUCCGGCUUCACAGGACACCGGUGCGAGUUGGAGGUGGAUGAGUGCAAGUCAAAUCCCUGCCUCAACAGUGGGUACUGCCGUAACCUGGUGAACCGGUUCCAGUGUGUCUGCCAGAUGAGCUUCGCUGGGGAACGCUGCCAGGUUGAUGUGAGCGACAUCUACUUCUAUGUAUCCCUGCUGCUAUGGCAGAACCUCUUCCAGCUGCUCUCCUACCUGAUCUUGCGGAUGGAGGAUGAAGCAGAGGUGGAGUGGGGGGCUAAUGAUGGCUGA